ACGAGUCGUCGAAAAAUACAUAAAUUAGAGGGAAAAGGAAAAAAGAGAAGAAAAAGAAAGUAAAGGAGAAAUCCGGUGUUUCUCUAUCUUCUCUCCCACUUUUUUAGAUUUUGAAUCUCCUUUUCGUUCUUCCCCCAUCCAUCCUUCCUUCCCUUUCCCUGCCUCUGUUCUGAGGUUAUCGAAUCGAGAGACAGAGAGAGAGGGUUGGAUCGGGGUUCGGCUCGGCUCUUCUUCUGCGAUCUUCAGGACUAGAAAGAAAAAAAAAGAAGCGAAAAUGAGAGAGGUGAUCAGCCUUCAUAUUGGACAAGCUGGGAUUCAGGUCGGGAAUUCAUGCUGGGAGCUUUACUGCCUUGAACAUGGCAUUCAACCUGAUGGCACCAUGCCCAGUGACACAUCGAUCGGGAGUGAGCAUGAUUCCUUCAACACAUUCUUCAGCGAGACUGGUUCUGGGAAACACGUCCCGAGAGCUGUCUUCGUUGAUCUGGAGCCCACCGUCAUUGAUGAAGUGAGAACAGGGAGUUAUAGGCAACUUUUCCACCCUGAACAGCUUAUAUCCGGCAAGGAAGAUGCAGCCAAUAACUUCGCCAGAGGACAUUACACUGUGGGGAGGGAAAUCGUCGAUCUGUGCCUUGAUCGAAUUAGGAAAUUGGCAGAUAACUGCACCGGCUUACAAGGAUUUUUGGUAUUUAAUGCUGUUGGUGGCGGCACUGGUUCUGGUUUAGGCUCGUUGUUGUUGGAGCGCUUGUCAGUGGAUUAUGGAAAGAAAUCUAAACUCGGCUUCACCAUCUUUCCUUCACCUCAGGUUUCAACAGCUGUCGUUGAACCUUACAACAGUGUGCUCUCCACUCAUUCUCUCCUCGAGCACACAGAUGUAGCUGUGCUUCUGGAUAAUGAAGCCAUCUAUGACAUCUGUAGGAGAUCUUUGGACAUUGAGAGGCCGUCUUAUACCAACUUGAACCGCCUGAUAUCCCAGAUCAUCUCUUCCUUGACCACUUCCUUGAGGUUCGACGGCGCCAUUAAUGUGGACAUUACAGAGUUCCAAACCAAUCUUGUGCCUUAUCCUCGCAUCCACUUCAUGUUGUCAUCAUAUGCCCCUGUAAUCUCAGCUGCAAAGGCUUUCCAUGAGCAGCUAUCUGUUCCUGAGAUCACUACUGCAGUGUUUGAGCCUUCAAGCAUGAUGGCCAAAUGUGACCCAAGGCACGGCAAAUACAUGGCUUGUUGUCUUAUGUACCGUGGGGAUGUUGUGCCAAAGGAUGUUAAUGCUGCAGUUGCCACGAUCAAGACCAAGAGGACUGUUCAAUUUGUUGACUGGUGCCCAACUGGUUUCAAGUGUGGCAUCAAUUAUCAACCACCAACCGUGGUUCCCGGAGGUGAUCUGGCCAAGGUGCAGCGUGCUGUCUGCAUGAUAAGCAACAACACAGCUGUGGCUGAAGUCUUUGGCAGAAUUGACCACAAGUUUGACCUCAUGUAUGCCAAGAGAGCUUUCGUUCACUGGUAUGUCGGUGAAGGCAUGGAGGAAGGAGAAUUCUCAGAAGCUCGUGAAGAUCUUGCAGCACUCGAGAAAGACUACGAGGAAGUUGGCGCAGAAGGUGCUGAUGAUGAAGAAGAAGGUGACGAGUACUGAAAAAAAAAAACUGUCCUAGAGGGGCAUAUUACAUAACUAAUGUUUGACGCCCUCCCAUUUUAUCUCUCAUUUGUUUUCUCCCGCUCUGUAUUUCAUAUGAUUUCAAGUGCUGCUACUCCUACUUGUAAUUCUACUAUGCUCUGUUAAUGUCUUUUGAUCUUUUAAAGUCUCCGCCUCUAUCAUUCUGUUUCCUUGCCUUGUGCUUAUGCUGGUUUUUGAAGUAGAGCUUUGAAAAAUGUAUCAUCCUUUGUUGAUUUGAGAAGAGCCAAUAAAUAUCACUUCUUAUCUGGGCUCUCCUAGAGCGUCAUGCUUCUCCAUCCUGCAGCGAUUUGAACAAAAACACGGUAGGCUACAUAUGUUCAUCGUCGGAGUUUCAUUUGGAGAAGAGCACAAGGCAACUUAUUAGUGAACAUCUCUACUGAUGUUGCUAGCAAACUACCCUUUAAUAGGAACUGCAUUAUAUUGGGAAUGUACAAUGUUGAUUAUGUAUAUGCAGGGGAGGAGCAUACAAGAAAACCCAAAAAAUUAAUAAGUAUUUCAUCAAAUUGCCUCUUGUCCCUCGAAUUUGCCAUCUGGGUUUUGGUGGUUUAUGUAUAAUUGUGACUUCUGAAUAAACAAAAUUGCUAAGUUUGUCUCUUUUCCCUCCACCCUCCAUCCUUUUAUUAGCACUUCACCAGCAACAUUGCUUCCACUCUCGCCUUUGUUGUUUGGAAUGACUUGG